CAUUGCACGGCCAUUUAGGUCAAAAACCGUCAGGGUUUCUGCCUCUGCUGGGCCGCGGCAAGUUUCUCUGUCAUGGAGCCUCAAGCAGACGGCGGCGGCGGAGACGAGCUGGCGGCCGUGCGGGAUCUGCGGCGGCAUCUGGAGGAAUCCAUCGACUCCCGCCGCCAGUCCCACCUCGACCUCAUCUCCUCCCUCCACUCCCUUCUCCCCGACUUCGUCUCCUCCCUCGACCUCUCCCUCCGCAUCAUCUCCUCCUUCAACCGCCGCCCCUUCUCCCCCACCCCCAACCCUAACCCUAACCCUAACCCUAAACCCAAGCCCCUCCCAUCCGAACACCCUCGCCGCCGCCCCUUCCCCUUCCCCCACCACCCCCACCCGUCCCUCCCGCGCACGCGCCCCAAGCCCUCCUCCCCCGACCGCGGCGAGCGCCUCACCCUCGUCCGCACCAUGGUCGCCGUGUGCCUCCUCGAGCUCGUCCCCUUCUCCGAGAUCGACUCCGCCUCCCUCCUCCAGCGCCUCGAGAGCGACAACUCCUCCGCAUCCCCCGCCGAGAGGGCGGCGCUCGCCGACCUCGGCAGGGAGCUCGGCCCCCUGCGCGCCGUCGAGACCGCGCUUCGCUGCAUCGCCGACGAGAGCGGCGCCGUGCAGUACCGGGAGCUCGCGGUGGGCGAGAAGUCGGUGAUGAUGGUUUGGGGCAUCGAUCGGAACAAGCUCCUCAAGGAGCUCCCGGAGACCUCUUCCUCCCAGAACCAGCCGCCGCCGUCGGCUUCGGAACCGAGCUCCGGCGACGGGAGCAAUCAGGGUCAGGGUACGGCGAUGGCCGGAGUCGAUAACAGCGGUUUGAUGAUGCAGAGGGCGCCUAUGGAGAUGUGGAUGGGGCCUCCCGAUCCCCAAUUCUCCGGUAUGUCGCCUAUGUUCCCCGGGCCCAUGGGGGGGCCGAGGGGCGGGCCUAGGGUUAUGGGCUUGAUGGGCAUGCCGAGGAUGAUGGGACUCCCUCCCCUGCAGAGGCCUCUCAUGGGACACGGCGGUGCUAUGAGCGGCAUUAACACGCCGGUGCCUAAGCAAAGAACGGAAGAGGACGAUCUCAAGGACCUCGAGGCGUUGCUAAAUAAGAAGACUUUCAGGGAGAAGCAGAAGACGAAGACCGGAGAGGAGAUUUUGGAUCUCAUUCACCGCCCGACUGCCAGGGAAACCGCGGUGGCUGCAAAGUUCAAAACCAAGGGUGGUUCCCAACUGAAGGAAUAUUGCUCUAACUUGACUAAAGAGGAUUGCAGGCGCCAGUCCGGUUCCUUCGUUGCGUGCGACAAGGUUCAUUUUCGCCGAAUAAUUGCACCACACACAGAUACAAACCUUGGGGACUGCUCUUUCCUUGAUACAUGCCGCCACACAAAGACUUGCAAAUACGUUCAUUAUGAACUUGACCUGACACCAGAUAUGCCUCCAAUGAUGAUGGGAGGUGCUAAUCUUCCACUCCCAAAGCCAAUAAAGCCCCAAAGGGCUGAAUAUUGUUCGGAAGUGGAGCUCGGUGAACCUCAAUGGAUAAACUGUGAUAUUCGUAAUUUUAGGAUGGACAUUCUAGGGCAGUUUGGUGUUAUCAUGGCUGAUCCACCUUGGGACAUUCACAUGGAGUUGCCCUAUGGUACCAUGGCAGAUGACGAGAUGAGAAAUCUUAAUGUACCAGCUUUACAGACCGAUGGCCUGAUUUUCCUAUGGGUCACUGGGCGGGCAAUGGAACUUGGGCGUGAAUGUUUGGAGCUUUGGGGAUAUAAGCGGGUGGAGGAGCUUAUUUGGGUGAAGACCAAUCAACUGCAACGGAUAAUCAGAACUGGGCGAACAGGUCAUUGGCUCAACCAUAGUAAAGAACAUUGCCUAGUUGGAAUAAAAGGGGAUCCAGAGGUGAACCGAAAUAUUGAUACAGAUGUUAUUGUUGCUGAAGUUCGCGAAACAAGCCGAAAACCUGAUGAGAUGUACCCACUUCUGGAGAGGAUAAGCCCAAGGACAAGGAAGUUAGAGUUGUUUGCUCGAAUGCACAAUACUCAUGCAGGGUGGUUGUCGCUAGGCAAUCAAUUGCAGGGGGUGAGGUUAGUAGACGAGGGUUUGAGGGCGAGGUUUAAGGCCACCUAUCCUGAUGUGGAGGUGCAGCCAGCGUCGCCCCCUAGAACGACCACCGCUACGGAUGCCGAUUCCAACCCCACGCCAUUGCGGAGCCCUUUCGUGGACACAAGGCAACAAACAGCGCAGUAUAUGGAACCGUCGUCAGCACCUGUGAAUUAUAACUCAGAAGGAAAGCCGAUAGGCGCCGACAUUGGAGCGCCAGCCUAGUUUCUCUUGUACGAUCAGUUUUGUUUGAGAUCGUGUUAUGUUAAAAUUGUAGUUGUUGGCAUUUUUGGUACCAUGGUGAAUUUUUAGUGACGCAAAGUUUUUAAGUUAAAUAUGUGUUCCUGUAUUAUUGGCCAGCUAUUUGUAAGAAAAAUUUAUUCAAAAAGACUACGGCAAUUUUUGUUUUUUAA